ACGUAUCGCCACGUCUGUGCGCAUGCGCGUCCGAGUCAGUUCCGGCUGCGCGCUGUCUCGUUGAGAGAUCAACAUCAGCAGCUGCUGUUUUAAUGACAUUGAGGCUCUGACCGUGCUGUAAAAUCCCUUCAGUUUAACACACGUGUACUCUGUGAACAUCGACGUUUAAAGCAUCGGGUGAAGCGGACGCGAGAGGAUGAACUAUAUCUGGGAGGUGGUGGGAAGACAGCCGACAGGCCAGCAGCAGCCGAGCGGCGCGGACACCAUUCAGAAACUGUGUGACCGUGUGGCUUCAUCCACCCUGCUGGAGGACCGGAGAGAUGCGGUGCGUGCCCUCAAGUCUCUGUCCAAGAAAUACCGAAUGGAGGUCGGCACGAUGGCUAUGGACCAUCUGGUUCGAAUACUGCAGAGUGACCGGACAGACACUGAGAUCCUAGGUUACGCUUUGGACACGUUGUAUAAUAUAGUGUGCAGUGACGAAGAGGAGGAACCAGAUGAUUCUGAAGAGGAGAGCCAGCAGAAGCAGGAGGAUGAUUUGGGAGCUCAGUUCACGGAGAAGUUCAUCGGGGACCCAGAUAACAUCACUCUUCUCCUUGCGCUGCUGGAGGAGUUUGACUUCCAUGUGCGCUGGCCGGGUGUGAAGCUGCUGACCGCGCUUCUGAAGAGCCAGUGCGCUCCGGUCCAGAGCAUCGUCCUGGUCAGCCCCAUGGGUGAGUCCAGAAACCUUAGACGUUAUGAUGUUUGGAUCACGGGUCACUUAACCCGUUCUUCUCAUGCGGCUGUUGUAGUUGAGACAUGGUUAACGAGAUUGUUCUGCUUUGUUCUGUGCUUUUAUUUACUUUACUGCUUCCAGUGCUUCCUGUACAAGAACCAGAAAGGACAGGGCGAGAUCGUAGCCACACUGCUGCCCUCCACUAUAGAUGCUAGCUCGGUCUCAGCGGGGCAGCUGUUGUGUGGAGGUCUGUUCUCAGCGGAUUCUCUGUCUAACUGGUGUGCCGCUGUGGCUCUGGCUCACGCUCUGCAGGAUAACCUCACGCAGAAAGAGCAGCUGCUGCGGGUACAGUUGGCCACCAGUCUGGGCAAGCCUCCCGUUUCCCUUCUCCAGCAGUGCACCAACAUCCUCUCCCAGGGCGAUAAGCUCGAGCGGCGGGGCAGUCGUGUGCAGACGAAGGUCGGUCUCCUCAUGUUGCUCUGCACCUGGAUCAGUAACUGUCCAAUCGCUGUCAUGCACUUCCUGCACAAUCAAGACAACGUUCCCUUUCUGACGGGUCAGAUCUCAGAGAACCUGGGUGAGGACGAGCGGCUGGUUCAGGGUCUGUGCGCUCUGCUGCUGGGCAUCUGUAUCUACUACAAUGACAACAGCUUGGAGAAUUACACAAAGUAUGUUUUUUCUCUUUCAUUCGUAUUUUGUCGUCUUAUAACUAGGGCUGUCAUGAACAUUUACUUUGUGGAGAAGCUGGGCUUUAUAACCAAACACGAGCUGUACUCGCGUGCUGCUCAGAAACCUCAGCCGGCCUUCUCUGCUCCAGAACACAUGCUGUUCGAUCACGAGUUCACCAAACUCAUCAAAGAGCUGGAAGGAAUGAUAACAAAAGCUGUGCUUAAGUCGAGCGAGGACGAGAAGAAGGAAGAAGAGGUGAAGAAAACACUAGAACAGCAUGACAGCAUUAUAACGCAGUACAAAGAGCUGAUUAGAGAACAGGAUUGUCAGAUCACUGAGCUGAAGGAGCAGGUGGCGUCGCUGAGUUCCCAGAGCGAGACGCUGCAGAACACCGUAACACAGCAGUUCUCUCAGAUCCAGCAGCACAAAGACCAGUACAACAUCCUCAAACUCAAGCUCGGUAAAGACAGUCACGUGAACGGCCUGCAGCCGGAGGAGCAGAGCCAACUCAGAGAGCAGCUGGAGGAGCUGCAGAGACAAAACCAGCUGCUGCAGACACAGCUGACGGACAGAGACUCCCUGAUCACCAGCCUGGUACGAGAGUGUGUGUGUGUGUGUGUGUGUGUGUGUGUGUGUGUGUGUGUGUGUCAAAGCUUUCUCCCCGUGAUAUACGUUGAAUAUUUCAGCACAUUCCGCACCUGCUCCUCGACUAGAUGCAGACUCUCUGAAAGAGCUGUUGUGUGUUUGCAGGAGGUGGAGCUGCUGAGAGCUCAGCUGCAGAGUCAGAGCGCAGAGAUCACAGAGCUGCAGAGAGAGAAACAGGAGCUGCUCAGAGCACCGGACGCCACAGGUCCAGGAGAGGAUCGAGUCUGUGUGGAGUUAGAGAGCAGACUCUCGGCUCAGACAGCAGAGGCUCAGAAGCUCAAGGAGGAGGUUCAGGCUCUUCUGGAGAGGAAGGAGGUGAUGGAGAAGGAGCUGGCUUCGGCCUCGAGCACAGCUGCCGUCAUGCAGACGGAGAAGAGCCAGCUACAGCAGGAGCUGCAGGAGUCCAAGAAGGAGCAGGACGACCUUCUCAUGCUGCUCGCUGACCAGGACCAGAAGAUUCUGAGCCUCAAACACAGACUCAAGGGCUUGGGAGAGACGAUUGAAGAUGAGGAUGAUCUGGAUGCGAGGGACCAGUCUGACGAUGAUGAUGAUGAUGAUGAUGAUGAAGAGUGUGAUGAAUAAAAAAGCAUUGACUGUAUAGUGGAAGUGAAAGACUGAUAAAACUAACCUGUCUCUUGCACACUUAGAGAAAGAGAUCGAAGGCCUCGGACCACAGAGCUGAUCUUCUGAUUUUUAGAAGAAUCACGUAUUUCUUUAUUUUCUUCGUACCUGCUUUUUAAUUUUUAGAAUUUCUUUUGCAGGGGAAGACAGUUGAACCCGUUGCAUUUCAAAGAAGCUUGAGGUUUAUCCGGAUGAUGAUGAUAAACACUAGUGAAUUAUUUGUGUUUGAUCAACCCCAGAGAGAGCUCUUCAUCAUCUCUGCUCUGUUUAACAUCUCCUUCAAGCUUCCUGUUUUGCGUUAGAUGCUCGGACUGCUGUUAUUCUAUUUCUUUCAUCUGUUCCAUGUCAGCAGUUUUCAGAAUUGUUCAGCCGUACGCUCAUAUGUACAGAUCAGGAUCCGACACACUCGAUCGUGUCGGCACUACUGUGUGUUAUUCUUCAGUUAAACACUGCUGAAGUCCCACUGAAUGAUGGGAUGUGAGGCGCUUUCAGGUUCCUCUCAAACUGGAGAGCUAUUGUGCAAAAUUUGAUUUAGUUUUUGGUUAAUUUAUGGAUAAAUGAGCCUCCUCAGAAUAAACUACAUAAAUGCU